AUUGCUUGGAAAUAAAGUUUUCAAUCUCUCUCCGUUCAUAUCUCUGUUAGUGAAAGAAUCUCUCUCUGUUUGGAAACCCUAUUGCACUUUUUGCAAUCGAACGAACUCGAUAAUGGCGAACAGCAACCUCCCUCGGAGAAUCAUCAAGGAAACACAGCGAUUGCUCAGUGAGCCAGCUCCGGGAAUUAGUGCUUCCCCUUCUGAAGAAAACAUGCGAUAUUUCAAUGUGAUGAUCCUUGGGCCGACCCAAUCACCUUAUGAAGGUGGAGUUUUCAAGUUAGAACUAUUUUUGCCAGAAGAAUAUCCGAUGGCUGCUCCAAAGGUCAGGUUUCUAACAAAAAUAUAUCAUCCGAACAUCGAUAAGCUUGGCAGGAUAUGCUUGGAUAUUCUUAAAGAUAAGUGGAGUCCUGCCCUUCAGAUACGCACUGUUCUACUAAGCAUUCAAGCUCUAUUGAGUGCACCAAACCCAGAUGAUCCACUUUCUGAGAACAUUGCCAAACAUUGGAAAUCUAAUGAGGCCGAGGCUGUCGAGACAGCAAAGGAAUGGACCCGAUUGUAUGCUAGUGGCGCCUGAUGAUUGGUUUCAAACUUAUGGCUCCAAAUAACAAUUGUAAUCAUCAUUUUAUAUUGAAAAUUUGGAGAAAUUCAUGUAUCAACUAUGGGAGUUAAUAUUCCUCGUAGCUUCCAGUUACCUGUUAAUUUCUUCCCUUGGAAGCUGCGUUAUCUUGAAACUUGUAUGAAUGUGAUCAUUUAUCUGUCAAACAAUUUGGAACGUGCUUCAAUCAUCAAACUUGUAUGAAUGUGAUCAUUUAUCUGUCAAACAAUUUGGAACGUGCUUCAA